AUGGCUGCACCAACCGGCAAGACCAUGCAGGCAUCCAAGCCCGGCUCUGUAACCCCGUCUACCAACGCGUCAGCGAGGCUGGAGAAGACUCAUCCCGGCGUUCGCCGCUCAACGCCUGAUUCAGAAGCAUUGGCGUCUUCCGAUGAUGAUGGGGAACAUGUGCAGUUCAAUGCGGCAAACUCGGCUGUUCCUGCGCCCAAGCCUGCGCGCCGUACUUCGUGGCUUAACGAAGUCCCAACCAACCUUCACCGAAAGACCUCCCUAACCACCGCUAACCCGUUAUCCUCGGGGGGCUCGAAUCCUACCAGCCCCGCCACUGAUCAGUCCGGAUGGCCCACGAACACCUCUCCUGGAAUGAGUAGCUCGAUCCAUUGGAAUCACGUUGGAAGCAGCUCGUUUCCAUGGGGCACAGGUAUUUGGAACACCGAAUCUAGAAAAGAACCCCCUCCUCGACUGUCUGAGAUUGUUCCAUCCCCCACGAUGACCAAUCCAAAUAACUAUUUCAACGAGGAGCUAUUGAGCCCCACGACUCGCACAGCAUCGGGAGACUCAUCCAUCCCAUUCUCUAUUCCACUUCAUCCCACGCCAAAAACAUAUCGCUCGCAGUCUUACUCGGUGGGCCAGUUGGACCCCGAGUACUUGAGCCUUAUGGCUAACAAAUCGGCGUCGCCCUAUUCCGGCGCACGUCCACGGAACGGCGCCCAGUUCUCUGCAUUACAGCAUCGUUCUUCUCGGCCUAGCCUGCUAGGAGAACUGGGACACGACCCUGCUACGCUUGGUCGCGUGCGCGAAGACGACGACGACGACGAUGCCGGAAGCCCCAGUGGUUCGGAUGGCGGUCUAACUAAUUAUACCACCAGCCAAGCCCGCGCUAUCGAGCAGCUUUCUAGAGAAAAUGCCUAUCUUCGACAGGCAGCUGGCCAACUUGAUAGCGGUUUCAGGGAUCGCGCCAUGUCGUCGGCGUCGGCAACUAGCGGAUAUGCAGUUGGAGCUGCUGUUCAUAACCUGCAUCGCCUCCCGGGGAGUGUCCCCGAAGAGGGAGAUCUUGCAGUGGAGGACCUGGACGAGGUGGGCGACAUUCCCGGAUACAGUAACAUCCAUAGCAAUACCCGACGGAGAUAUUCCGAGCAUUCCGCCAAUCUGGAGAAACAACUCCCGUCGAUUAACUCCCUGGACAAUCGUGCGCUGGAUAAUUUCAGGAAGGCCCAUUGGCAGACAUCCCUCGGCUUCGGAAGCAUGUCGGACAUUCCCCAGAGCCGACGACACUCCUUCGCGGACAUACCUAUCCGACACACUUCUGUUUCCGGGGACCCUUCUAGGAACCAGCUUGGAGAUCGGGAAGAAACCUAUGCGGGUAUUGGCGAAGGCUCCCUGUCUAAUGCCCAAGGCCAGAACCGUGAGUACCAGCGUUUUCAAACGGUUCCUCGCUCCGAGGAACAUGAAUUGGAAGCCGAAUAUUUACGAGCUCGUCGAUUUGCAGAAUCCUAUUUUGCUCGCGACCAGGCUCUCCGUGCUGCCGAAGGUGCGUCCGUGGUUCCGCCGUCUCUUCACCCGGCCUACACGAUGCCGAAUGCCUACGCUCGCCACCAGCCUGGCCUCAUGCACCCGCAUCAGAACCAGCUUUUGUAUAUCGUAUCGUUCAAAUGCCACCGUGCCGAUGUGUUUUACAUCCAGGAAGACACUGGCCUUCAAGUGAAGGUCGGAGACCUGGUCAUCGUCGAAGCUGACCGCGGCACUGACCUGGGUACUAUUGAGCAUGCCAACAUCACCAUGCAAAAGGCUCGGGAAUUGAAGCAGCACUACGCGGAGGAGCAUUACAAGUGGCUCAUGAUGUUCUCUAGGCAAGGCCAGAACGGAGCAGCGAAUGUCGUCAACACCUCUAGUGGUGUCUCCGGCCUCGCUGGUCGCAGUGCCAUUGGUGGUAUGGGUCCGCAUGGGCCACAUGGGGUGCAGGAAUCCACCGUCGAUAUCAAGCCCAAAUUGAUCAAGAGACUUGCCCAGAACCAUGAAAUCAUGACCCUGCGCGACAAGGAAGGUAACGAGGCGAAGGCCAAGCGAGUCUGCAAUCAGAAGGUUGCUGAACAUCGACUCAAUAUGGAAAUCCUUGAUGCCGAAUUUCAGAUGGACUGGAAGAAACUUACCUUCUAUUAUUUUGCGGACUCGUACAUCAAUUUCAAUUCCCUCGUGACCGAUCUAUUUAAGAUCUACAAAACUCGGAUCUGGAUGUCGGCUAUCAACCCAGCGUCAUUUGUGACGCCCCCGUCUGCCGGACUGCAGUCUCCCAACCCUCUUGGAUACGGCCAGGACGUGCAGACCGAUCGUCCCCAUCCGCAGGACAAGAGGCCUUUUGGCUCUACUCGAGACGGCGUGAAUGUCAGUCGCGAUGCCAUACCUAAUCCAUUGGGGUUGCUGCGCAAUACCUACCCAGAAUCGUACCAGUCUUUCACCCAAGGCCCGCGACCGCCUGAGGCCGGUCUCGGUAGGCUUGGUGCCGUUGACCCUUUCUCAACAUACGCGCCGAAUGCCUACACUGGCGUAGAGCCAGGAUAUGCCGAUUAUGCUCCCGGUUCUGGCGCAACCAGUGGCCCUGGCCGUGCCCACGCUGCUCCAGGCGAAUGGAUGGGCCGUUUUCAAGGCUUGUCGCUCGGUGGCACUUAA